CCUCCGUAGACUCAAACGACAAUUGCGUGGCCCAGAAGUUUUUGCGAAGUGUUUUCGUAUCUUAGCAGCCGGAGUUCAAUGGUAAAAACGUCGCUGCUUUGAAAAAAGCGGAUGUGCAUGUGAUCUGAUUGGUGUCAAACUUAAACUUUGCGUGGGCAUGAUUACAAAACUUUUUGAACUUACUUAUAAGCAUGCAAAGAAUGACUAAUUUCAAUAAGCGCAGUAUUUAAGCGAAUUUGUUAGUUACAAGAAAGGAGAUUACAGCCAACAACAUUGAACACUGUUUUAGUUCAGGAAGUUAACUUUAUUUUGUCAUCAGAUCAGCAAGACUCAUGGAUCAAAGCCCUGGCAGCGAUUCUGAAGACUUAACCUCGUCAACAGAGGACAUAAUUUACGAACAGAACUUACCGGAACAAGACGACGAUGAGGAGCCGGCACAAAGUCAACACAAGGAGAAAAUCAAAGCGCUCAGGUCGAAGAUUAUAGAAGACAGAAAUAACAAUUUUGUACACCUAGAACGCAACGACGACGCAUUCCUUCUCCUCUUUCUCCGAGCUCGGUAUUUCAGAGUGCCGGCAUCUUAUCAACUUCUGUGUAAUUAUAAAGAAUUCCGUGCCAAGAAUGCCUCCGUUUUUCAAAACCUCUCCGCCUGGAGAUUACAUCAUGUUAUUGAGGACGGUUUUCCUUGUGUCUUACCGUACAAUAAUCAGAAUGGAGCUAAAAUGAUGGUUAUAUUUGCUGGCGGGUGGGACACCGAAACUUAUGGCUCGGUAGAUAUUUUGAAAGCUUUUAUUCUAAGCAUGGAACGCUUGAUAGAGGACAAAGACGUUCAAAGAAAUGGAAUAAUAAUUAUUGCCGAUUUUUCGGGAUGGACGACCACUCACACAUCCCAAUUGUCUGUUUCUUUCAUUCGUCAAGUUUGCUGUAUGCUUCAGGUAAGGGAGCUCCGCAUAAGAUCUUCUGUAAUCGGUUUCUUUAUGAUGCUUUUCCUUGUAUAAGUUUAGUAGUAGAAGGAUCGAGAAGAAACGGAAAAAGAAUAAUCAGUCACGUUUACCGAAUAUUUCUGCUUUGAUGGACACCUUAAUUACUUUUGUUUCUGUGAAAGGAUCGCAUAUAUAUAAAUGUCAAAAAUUGUGAAAGGAUUAUGUUAUCCGGAUUUUUGUAAUUUAGUUACAGUUUCAUUGUUGCCGAGCCUCUAUAAAUACUUAAAUGCUGCUAAAUGUUCUUAAAUUGUUUAAAUUAAGCGUUAAUUUGUCAAGCAACUGCAGCCUUGGGGACUCUGAAGGUAGUUCAGACUCGAUGACUCGCAACCUCCCAGUUUGCAGAUCUGGGGGAGGGGGGAGGUCUUACUGGUUUGUGCGGCCAAGCAGGGUAAAAACAGUCCAAAACAGGGUUUACAAUUUCUCCAUUAAGCGUCUUGAACAGGGUUUUCCUCUGGACUGGAUACCUUGAACAGGGGGUAGACUAAAACAAUACAGGCGUGUAUUUGGGUUCCUUGGCCGCCAUCUUUGAUUGUAUCACUGCUGAGUUUAAAGGAAGCAAACCACCCACUUUGAAUUGCCUCAUUUUUUAGAAUUCAACAUACCUUUUACGCGAGCAAAGAAAUUUGCGAUCACGCACCCGAAGAAAACUGCAGUGAAGGGAACGAACAGGGUGUAAAACUUAGUGGUGCGCGGCCUACACUUGCAGUGUGAUCUGUUUAAAAAAAGCCCAUUGACUCCAAAUUAAAGAAACAAAGAAGAUGUUUUUAAACAGAGUGUUAUAUUUGGGCAACAAAAAAGUUCUCUUGUCUUCACAGGUAGCCAGGCUCGAAAUAUAAGCAUCGGCGAACAUCGGCAUUGUUGCAUAACAUUCGAAAUAUAAGGAUUUGUAUGGGGAAAAACCUAUCGUUUCCGUAACCUACGAAAAUGAAAGGAUUUCAAUAAAAAACAGCUUACCUUACAUAAAAUGUGUGUUACGUCUCUCCUGUGUGGUCUAUGGGCCGAUUUAUGGCCGUUUUAUGGGUUGUACUGUAAACGGUUUUCUCUCUGUUUUAAAGGUUUAGAGAGAAAACCGUUCACAGUACAACCCAUAAAACGGCCAUAACUCAGCCAACGGACCACACAGGAGAGAAGUAAAACACAUUUUAUGUAAGGUAAGCUGUUUUUUAUUGAAAUCCUUUCGUUUUCGUAGGUUGCUAAAAGGUCCUAAAACGAUAGGUUUUUUUUCCCAUACAAGUACUUAUAUUUCAAAUGUUACGUAACAAUGUUGAUGUUCCCCAAUGCUCAUGAUUUCGUCUUUCAAAAAAGUCAAGGUUUGAGGGGUACUCAAUUUCCCUUCAAUCCCCCUCCCUUCCCCCCGGGUUCUCAGUAGAAGCCCUGACCUUGCGGUAGUCACUAUAGUUACCCGUUUCUUACGUAACUAUCCACUGCCCAAUUCAUACCAAAAUAAUAAAACAGAAAAUAUAAAAGCACAAGUUAAACCUUAUUCAUUCGAUCGGCGGCAAUUUUUCUUUUUUGGAUUUCAUCUUGUAAAAGGAGUUUGCGGUUGUAUUGCACUAUAAAAAUGCUUGCUCGUUUGAGUUUUACUAUGGAGGGAUUUUCCAUAUCAAUUCUUGUCAUUUGCCGGCUAAUUUAAAACCAAACAUACAAUGCUAAGAAGCAUCCACUGAUUAGCAAAAAGCCAAUCUCUCAAAGACGUCUCGCAUUGGGAGUCUGGGUGCGAGAUGUGCCUAGAGCCCUGAAGCUUGGAGGGUUGGGUAUCCUGUUUAACCCCCUGGGCCGAGUUGUUCGAAGGCCGAUUAGCAAAUAACCCGAGGUUAAAAUUAACUCGGGUUUCUUUUUCGUGUGUUCUAAAGCAUUUUCUCGUAUAAUGUUCUGUGCUAUUUUUAGAGCUUCCAAUCAUCAACUUGUAGACAAAAAGAAUCAAGCUGAAAUGCUUUUUAAGUUUUCAAAUCUGAAUUCAAAUCUCGCACUAACCCUGGGUUAUCUUAACCCAGCUUUGAACAACUCGGCCCUGAGGACUGAGGGGGUAGGGGUUUUUUCCCAUAAUGUCAGACAUGCCGCCAGUUUUUGAGUUGUAAUAUUUGACAAAAUCUGUAGAUUUUGAUGAUUCGGAAGGGUAGCGAGAUGAAUUUUGUUCAGGUCUGGGCUGGUGUUCUAUUAAUAAGGGAAUUUUUGCCACUGGUGUUAUUUGCUGGUGUUGACGUCGUUCUCUUAGCUUUUCGACAUUGAACCACAUAUCUAUUAAGUAAAUAAUUUUUUGUCCUUAAUUUUGUAGGAUCACUACCCAGCAAGGUUUCUUGGUUUCCAUUUUGUGAACGAGCCCUGGUAUGUGAGAGCUGUUCUGACUUUACUGAAACCAUUUAUUGAAACAAAGAUCUGGAAACGGGUAAGUGACAACUCUAUGGCGAUACGCGCUAGGAACAAAUCCUUUUCAUCAAAGUAAUCUUUUCUCAAGGGGUUUAAGCCUGCGAAAAGGUGUGUUCGGAGCAUAUGAUUGAUUGGCAAUAUCUCUCACUAGGAUACCUACGUAGAAAAAAAUGAUUUUUACGCUAAAAGUAAAUCCUGGGGUCUUCUUGUGCCUUAACGUUUAUUUCUGGUCACUUGUCACGGGACCAAAAACUGAAAAUGAAGAACAUUGGCGAAUUGGUGGCGAAUUUACUUUGUUUGGAUAAAUAAAUAGGCAUUUCUGAUAGAGGAUAAACAUACCUAACUUUCUACGUUUGGAAUGAAUGUACGCGAAGUGCAAAUUUAAAGUUUUGAAUAAUUCAAGGUCAGAUUUGGGCAUUUAAAAUGAUGUUUUCCCUCAUAAUGUUUUUAUUGAAGUGCAAUGGACAGUCAUUCCAAACGUAAAGUGUUAGAAAUUAAUAUUUAAUAUGAAUGAGAAAACUGUUCUUUUCUUAAACUCGUCACUUAUUUGUCAAUUGUUUAAAUUUUUUUUGAAAAAUCGUCACGUGAUAAAUCAGGUCACUUAUUAACACGAUAUUUAUACUUUAAAAUGUUAGGGACGACGAGUUCUUAAUGCCAAAUUUUUAUCGAAGUUUUGCAGUUAGUACGCAGCUCUUAAAAACCUCUGGGGGUGGAGUCAUUGUUAUAUUUCUAUGUCUAUUGUUUUAACAGCCAAUCCUGUGAGGCCUUGUAAAAAUAAUUUGUGAACCGCAUCGAACAGCUAAGGGACUUUGACUAUGCCAAGAUAAGGGCUAAAAAUAAUGUUUUUUUUUUUCGCUGGGACGGUUAAAACCAUGUAUGCUGUAAACGUGUGUUUCAAAUUCUUUGAGGGUAUUCCCAUGAUGCGUGACUAGCUGAUUUUUAUUUUCCGUGAAACGUGAAUUUAAUAAAUUAUUUUUCGUGAUCCGUGAUCUGAAGGUUUUGGGUGACCCGUGAAGAACUUGAAUUAUAAACCUAUGUUCUUGAUUUCACCACUCUAUUUGGCGUGAUUUUGAGAUGCACUUUCGAAACCAUAUUCUAAUUGAGGAGCUGUCCACACUCGGUACCCGGGAAUCAGUGCCUUGGCAAAGGAACAUAAUAGUGUUGUGUUCACACCUUGAGUAUCCUAUAUGUGACUGUGUACAUAGUUACUCCAUUUCGGCCUGUCAGACGUCAUUUUGACACGUGAGCUUAGCAGCGAGUACUAGGCAGUGGGCUGCCCCAGAACUAACGGUGUGCACACAGGGACGCGGUGUCCUGUUUUGUGCCCGAGUACAAGGACUCAACAUUGUAUUCGGGCACCGACACUGUGCCAAAAUUCUAGCGCGGGUCCAUUAAAAACGGUGUGUUCACAUUAGUGCAUAGCGAGUACCAAUACUCGGCCACUGUGCUCGGGUAUCAACUGCGAACGCUGCCUAUGUUUUAGACCAAAAGAUGUUCCGAGGACAGUGGACAAUAAUGAAUAAUCGCCUCUAGAUAGUCGCAAAGUUGUUGAAAAACCGAUGCAUUAAUGCCAUUAGACCUGCAAUACACACAGUUUUUGCACGAUAGCAGGCUGGCCGUGAGCCUGUCGUUUCGCACAAUUAUAGUAAAAUUACGCAACAGAACGGCAGAAAAACGACGACGGAGAAACGUUUACACGUUACGAACGUGACAGGAGUAUUACGUGCGUGUUUUGUCGUGAUCUUCACUUGAUAUUACUGUGUUCUGGUAUUUUAUAUUACAAAAAGAUCUUGAGUUUGUCCCAUAAGGUUUGCCGUCUCCUUUCCUCUGCCGUCCUAGCGGACGAGCGAAAAAAGCGAGCGAGCAGAGAAAAAGCGAACGAGCGAAAAACGGAGGGAAAAGAAAGGGGAGAGCCCGUAAGCACCUUUUUCAAAUACCUCAAUCCACCCACUAAUCCGUGGACGUCCUGAAAAAACCGUUUCUCGUGUCAAAACGUCAAAAGGUGUGGUGUGGGAGAGUUUCACUUGCUUGACAUGUUUGUUAGACUCUGCGCGCGCGAAGCCAAGUGACUGACAUAAGUGUUUAAGUAAACUCACACAAUUGACCAAUGAUAGGGUAUACCAGGAGCUGGUAUACCAGAAUGAGCUAUUGAAAACAAUGCUUACAGGGUCCACUACUCCGUCUCUCCCCAGCCCCCACGCAGUUUUCGCACAACUUUUCUCGAUCCACUUUCCCUACUUUCUUGGAGCCAGCCGGAACAGGCUACUGCCGUCCUAGUGCGUAAGAUCUAUUAUGAGAUAAGACUUUGCUCUGUCAGUCAAUAUUCUGCCAAAAGUGGAAAAUUCUUCACGCGCUAUCUUUUCUUUACUUUUUGCCUUUUUCAAAUUUCAGAUUCACGUGCAUGGAAACAACAUGGCAAAUCUUCACGAUCAUUGUGAUCAAGAAAAGCUGCCGGCGGAAUUCGGAGGUAAUAAACCGUCGGUGAACCGUGAAUACUGGGCACGAGUACUCCUUGAUUCUGAGAGGUCAAGCGGAGAUCACGUGUAUGGCGAGAAUCCAUUUAAGUGCUUACUCGAUUCAAAUCAAUCUGAAUACGACUGGGAAACUGAAGAGAUCCCUCAUGUGAUCACAACGUGAUCAUCCAAGAAUAAGGCCGGCAACUGGCAAAUUCUCAUAGCUGUGAAUCUUUUAGGGAAAGUAGUCGAGUUGUCCCAGUAAUUUCUCUUUAACGCUUUCAUUCCCGAGAGCGCUCCGAUUGAGAACUCACGAAAAGGCCCAAAUAUAAAAUACUGCAAGACCAAUGGCAUUAUGUGAAGGUUCUGCUAAAACGUUAGAACUGCUUUUACUAAAUAAGUAGUAUAAUGCAGUAGCGUAUAAAAUAUUACUGACGAUACAAAUGUAUGUCAAUUAGAUGGUUGUACACUGUAAUUUUCAGGGAGUUAAAAUAACUCCUCUAGUGGGGCUAAUUUAACUCCUUACAGUGGAGUUAUUUUCGUGGAGUUACUUUAACUCCAAAAAGGAGUUUAAAGAACUCUUUUUCAGGAGUAAAAGUGACCCCAGAUAUUGAGGAGUUAAAAUAACCCCCAAAAAGGAGUUAUCAUGUACCUAAAAUUUUUACUCCACUUUCAGAGUUAAAUUAACUCCGAAAAGAGUAAAAACAACCCAUCUAAGGAGUACAAGUAACCCCAUUUCGGAGUAAUUUUAACUCCAGACCGGGAGUAAAAAAAACUGUUUUUCAGGAGUAAAAAUGACCCCAAAUUCGGAGUUAAAGUAGGAGUUAAAAUAACCCCAAAAAAGGGGUUAUCCUGUACCUAAAAUUUUUACUCCAUUUUUGGAGUUAUAAUAAACUCCCUAAAAAUUACGGUGUACAUUUGGAGAAAAGCUAUUUUUAAUUCCUCAUGUUUUUAGCUAAGAAAGCGUUUUCAGCGUUUAUACCCUUAAAUAGAUUUGAGCGUUCAACAGCGAUACAGUUAUAGCCAAACAAAGCAGGAGGAGUUGUCAACUGCACAGCAAAGAAAGCAACGUUUAUAACCGCCUGCAAUAUUCUAGAGUUUUACUUAAAAAAGGGCGCAUAAGCGAUUACCAAGUUGCGCAAACACUGUUUCAAAGCGAGGCUAAGAGCGGAGAAAUUGUUAAGAAAAUGCUUUGAUAUUCUCGUGCAAUGAAAACUCAUUUUCACAAGAAAAGUUUUUGCACCUAGCCUCAUUUUGAA